ACAAGCAAAUGAAAUCGCAUUCGAGUCAGUGAUUUAUGGCAACAAGUCGUCGACGUGUUGGUGGUGGUUGACAAACGCAUUGGCGGACACGCCUAGUACGUGCCUAGGCGUUGGAUGGCGACAGCAAAGUGAAUAUUGCCGCUACAACAACAAAAACAAUAAACAUAAUUAUCAACUGUCAUUAAGAUAGUGCGCCACGCAAGAAUACGAACGACUACGAAGAUGAAACAAUGAACGAAAUCCGUCAAUGAAAAUUUGCUUCCGGAGCAUUUUGACUGCUGUUUGCCUAAAACAACAACUAACGGAUCCUGCCAAUCCAAAGUACUCAAAAACGCUGUUAACCAGCCUGUGAACCCUACUACCUACCAAAACCCACUACAUUUUCUUAGUUUAAGUUUUGUUUAAAAAAUUUAAUUAUAAGCCCAAGGUAGCCUUUUAGUCAAAAAAAAAAAAAAAAUGGGUGCAACACGCGAUAAGCCACGCAUCAAUAGAAGUCUCAUCUCGCUCAAAGUGGUGGUGUUCUUUGUCAUCAGCGGCAUCACCGCGCUUCAUGUGCUGCACGCCACCAAACCACUCCUGCUUGGCUUGAAUUUCAGCGAAUAUCGCCGAAUCAGCAUCAUCGCGCCAUUUGUCUCAAUACUGGGCCCACUGAUUGCCGGUCCGCUCGCCGAUCGGCUUGCGGCCAAGAAUGCCACCAAUUUCGGCCGUAUUCUACGCUUCCUCACCGCCCUCUUCCUGAUACUGGCCGUAAUUGUGUACGCCUGCCUCUUUGCCAUAUCCGAAGUGCAGCGUGAGGAAGCGCGUCGGCCAUUGGUCAGCUUCGGUUGUGAUUCACAUGGCGCUGUUAUAUUUCAAGAGCGUUGUUCCAAAGAGGCCACCUGUCAUCAUUGGAAGGGCAAAGUGGGCAAUGUGAAUUUGACACGCUGCACCUACACCUGCCAGGAUCCCACCAAGUACGAGAAUAUGUACACGCCAUGGUUUGAAGGUGUGCCCACACCGCUACCCUCUACCGAGCAUAGCUCCGAGUUUGAUUAUGAAGAUGAAUCGGUGGCCACCUCAACGGAGACUUAUCGCAGAAGACGCGCAAUUGCUGGCGGCUCAGCUGAGUAUGGCGGUGAGCUGUUGAGCGCAGAGGUGCAACAGCAACAACAACGUGCUGGUCGCGCUGCCCGGGAUGUUGGUGAAGGUACGCCUACGAAGAUCUACGUGGAGCCACCACACUUAUGCCUCACCCAGAGGACAGACAGCGGUGAGACUGUGGUGAAGAAUUGCCAUGUCUACACGCAUGAUACGAAUAAUAUUGUGGUGAACUCGGUGUUGCGUGCUGCGGAUAAUAGCAAUGAAAAUGAUACGCACAGCGAGGAGUGGUGCAAAUAUCCGUUGGGUAAGUGAUGCUGUGGCAUAAGGUGUGAAUGAUGGGAGGGAAAAUCAAACUAAUCGAUAAAGAAAUAACUGACUGUGGACUAAAAUAAAGUAGGUAAAAAAACACAAACUUGAAAUACAAAUCGUUAGCGUGAAAGUGUGGCGCCACGACAGACUCCCGGACGGUUCGUUAAUCCAAGCUUCUAGACGACAUCGAUACAUCCUUUCUUCAUACAGGACUAAAAUUUUGGACGGCAAAUUCUCUUAGUGAUCUGUCAUCAGUACUCUAGAGCCAUCGUAGUGAGUUUCACUGAUCUACUACAUUUAUGACAGUUUCUUUCCUUUAUUCGCGCACAUAACCCUAAUCGCCAAUAAAAUUCAGAGCCACAGCUAAGUUCUCAGGUCGGUAAAUAGUCGGCUGGUUCUAAACUAAGUCGUGCUAGUUCAGUCGCCGGAGACUAGUAGGCCACAGUGGAUGAAGCUACAGAUUUGUACCU